AUGUCUUCCUGUUUAUUCAUUUUAGAUGAACUAUUGGAACCUUUAAUCUCAAAAAAUACAAAACCUGUACGAAAUCUUCCUGAUAUUAUAAAAUCUUUUAAGGAGUCGUGGACACCAACAUCUCCUCCUAUAAUAACAGUUUCUAAUUGGCAUUAUGUAUAUGUCAAAAGAGAUGCAUUAUGGUUUGUAGCAGCAAUUCAUUAUAUGGAUGAAAAAUGUAUGAAUUUAAUGAUGAUAUUAUUCUACUUGGAUCAGUUAUAUUACCUUUUAAAAAAUUAUUUCAAGAAAGAAUUGUUAACUAAACUUUUGAUUAUCGAUAAUGCAUUGCUAGUUACUGAAUUAAUGGAUGAAAGUAUAGAUUUCGGUAUAAUACAAAUGACAGAUCCCAGUAUUAUUCGUGAUUACAUUAGAGUUAAAAUUAAUAACUCAAUUGCAACUGGUAAUAACAGUAAUGAUGACUCUGAUGAUAGUGAUACAGAAAGUGCAUCUUCAAAGAAAAAUGCCAAAUCCUUAGGUUCGUAUAUGCCAUCUGCAAAUAACUUAACUAAUUUAUGGAAAGGUUAUUCAACUAAAGAUGAGACUUUGAAUGAAAAUGUUAAUAAUGAUAAUUUUGAAAAUAAUGACGAUGAAACGUAUAUUAAUAGUCACAUUGCAAGAACCACUACAAUGGCCGUUUCUUGGAGAACAAAAGGUAUAUAUUACGCAAAAAAUGAAUUUUUCCUAGAUGUUGUAGAGAGUGUCCAAUACCUGAUGAAUUUCAAAGAUAAAGUAAUAAGAAGAAAUUUAAUACAUGGUCAAAUUAAAUGUAAAAGUUACUUAUCAGGUAUGCCUACUUUAAGGAUUGCCUUGAACAAGAUAUUGCAGGAUGAUAAACAGUUUCUUGGCCAUGCUAAAUUCCAUCAAUGUGUAUCAUUAAACUCAAUUAAUAUUAAAGACCUUGAGAAAGAUUUAGAAGGACCUAAUGACAUAAGUAAUAAAAACUUUGUAAACAAAAAAGAGAUAGAAUUUAUUCCACCAGAUGGAGAGUUUGUUCUUUGUCAAUACGAACUAAGAAGACACGUAAAAGACCCUCCCGUCAUUAACAUGACAUCAUUUGACAUCAAACCAAACUUUAAAAAAUUUAGAGUUCAGAUUUCAUUAAAAAUUGAAACUCAUUUUAAGAGACAAAAUUCCACUUCAUUGAUGACUAUUAAAAUUCCGUUACUACAAUUAUUCAAUGACUAUAAGAUUGAUUUAUCGAAACAACCGAGAUUCAAGAGUGAUGUUGGUAAAGUUUUGUUUAAUAUUUCAGAAGAUUUUCUAAUAUGGGAAAUUGAUGCUUUGAAAGGUGGGCAUGGAGAAAAUGAAAAGGGUAUGGUUGCCGAAUUUUUUCUCUUUAACCAAGAAGAAUAUGAUAGGUUACAAGAAGAGGCAAAAAUCUCUAUGAAUCCUCCCCCACUUAGAAACGGACCAAAGUUGGAAGAAUUAUAUGAAGAGAUGCAUGAGAAUGAGGACGCAGAAGAUACUGCAUUAAAAAUGAAAACCCAAUAUGUAUUUAUGCAAUUUGAAAUACCGUAUUCUACCUGUAGUGGUUUAAAAGUUGAAUAUUUGAAAAUCGAAGAAGAUCUCUUAAAGUAUCAAUCAUUCCCUUGGGUUAGAUAUAAGACAUUAAAUGAUGACGAAUAUGCAUUUAUAGUUUAA